AUGCGGGUUGUGAAGCUGCAGCCAAGGAAAUCCAAGCACAAGAGAGCUCUGUACUAUGGGAAACACAAACAGGUGCUCUGUGAUGAGGUCAGACUGGUAGCAGGAAGUAGUCGCUGUGGAGGCAGACUGGAGGAGAAAGAUCUGGGAGUCUGGAAACCUGUGAUAGAUGAGGAACUGAACUGGAACCUGACGUCAGCAGCUGAAGUGUGCAGACAGCUCCACUGUGGAUCUGUGGUGUCGUUACGAAGAGCUGAGACAUCCAAUGUAGAGAUUCUCUGUUCAGACUCUGUCAGACUGGUGAAUGGGACCAGUCUGUGCUCAGGCAGACUGGCGGUGAGAUCUGACCAGUUUAGCCAGUCGUGGUCCUCAGUGGCUGAAGAUGGUUUUGACCUUCAGGAUGCAGAGGUGGUCUGCAGGGAGCUUGACUGUGGGCCUCCAUUAGUCCUCCAGGGGGCGCUCUUUGGAGAAACAGAGACUCCAACAUGGAGCAGAGAGUUCCAGUGUGAAGGUGAUGAGGCUGCUCUCUUUGACUGUGGCACCUCAGGUAGAAAAUCUUCUGGCAGAGCUGUUGGACUCACCUGUUCAGACUCCAUCAGGUUGGUGGGAGAGGCCAGCCGAUGUGCCGGGACACUGGAGAUGCUAAAUCGAGGACAGUGGAGACCAGUGACUGACAGGGAUAAUAAUUGGAACAAGUACUUAGCUGCUAAAGUGUGUGGUGAACUGGACUGUGGUGCUGCUGUUUCAGCAAGAAAGUCAAAAGAACCUUCAGACAAACCAUUCUGGUGGAUCGUAUCUUCCUGUUUGCAGUCAGCACGUGCAUUAAGGGGCUGUUUGACUGAAUAUCAUUUUGGGAGCAGUGAUUUGAGCAUUGAGUUAAUCUGCUCAGAUUUGUUGGUUGAGCCACACAUCUUCCUCUCUUUGUCCACUGACGGGGUCUCCACAGCCAGAAGACAGGGGUCUGAGCUCCCCAUAGGCUCAGAUUUCAGCAUCAUCUGCUCCAUCAGACCUCAGUAUGAAGGUGGUUCCUUCCAGCUCAUCUUCAGCACCUCCAACUCAGCUCAGAACCACACCCUCCCAGCUGUUAACUACUCCGCCCUCUUCCUGUUCUCUGAUGCUGGCCACGCCCACCGAGGAACCUACAGAUGUGUUUACCACGUUUACGUUUUCUCCCAUAACUUCUCUAUCAGCCAGGUGCUCAGUCUCACUGUCUCAGGUAAACUCAUAGAGACAUGA